UCACCGAAUUCGUUUAGAUGUAGAUCGGCUAGAAGGAUUAGCAAAAGUUUAUCGAUUUAAUUUAUCAAAUCCUAUAGACCAACUUCGUCAUACUCAAACUACUGAAGUAACUCCUGAAAUAAUGACAAAUAUCGCAGAAACAGUUUUUAAAAAACUUGAAGAAGAAACAUUAGCAGAUGAAGAAAAUACAGAAUUGUCUAAUCCUACCAAAGAUCUUUAUUCUGAUGAACCAGAUUUAAACUUAAAUGUUUCAAAUUUUAUUGAUCUUCAUUCUUCAGUUUUUAUAUAUUCUGAAAAUCGGUAUGAAAGUCAAGAGUUUAAUGAAAUCGUGUCUGAUAAUAAUGACAUGCAAGAAGGUAAAUAUAAUGUAGAUGAAAUUAUUGCCCAACAAUUGG